AAGGAGACAGAUCAGCCGCGGUGGCAUUAAAGUAUUUUUCCUAGAGCGAAGCUCGUUGUUCAAUUACGUGUGCUCCGAUUCGCUGAUGUUUUAUGCACAAAUCAGGCGAUUAAGAUUGUCAAAAACUUUUAUAAUUAAGGCCCCUCUUAAAGGGUAGUGCAUCCUAUUGUAAUACGUCAAGAGAAUACUUCGUUAUUUUAAGUAUUCUCCAACAAGUAAAAAGAUGUAUUACUACGUGUUCCAACUUUUCAUACUGGGUAAUGUUUUAAUCUACGAUGUAUCGGGACAUGGAAGACUGAUCGAACCUCCGUCUAGAGCCUCCAUGUGGAGAUACGGGUUUGACAAUCCACCUGAUUACGACGAUAACCAGGGGUAUUGUGGCGGUUAUGGCAUACAAUGGGGCGUGAACAACGGAAAAUGCGGAGUGUGUGGAGAUGCGUGGAAUUUACGAAAGCCUCGACCACAUGAAACGGGUGGUAAAUACGGUAAUGGGAUAAUAGUGAAGAAAUAUCGCGCCGGUUCUAUCGUCCCGAUAAAAGUACAAAUAACGGCGUUUCACAAAGGAUACUUUGAGUUUCGGGUGUGUCCGGUGAAACAACGCGGUGUCGAAGUGACGGCCGAAUGUUUGAAUCAAAAUAUUCUGAUUGGGGCAGACGGGAAGUCCAAAUAUUACCCGCAAUCUGGACCAGGCCUUGUUGAGGUCAACUACAGACUACCUGCUCGCAUGACCUGUGAGCAGUGCGUACUCCAAUGGAGAUACGUAGCCGGAAAUAACUGGGGCGACUGUGGCGAUGGAACAGGUAAAUUUCAAUUUCAAUCGCCGGGACUUGUGCAAUACGUUUUCCCAUAACGCAGUGGGAUUACUGCAUAAUAUGACAAGUUA